AUGGCUCGUUUACAGUUGGAACGGGAACAUGUUCGCCGAGAAGCUCUUCAUGAAGCCGAAUUAAAGCAGAUGGAAACCGGUUUGGAUAUGGCCGAAAGCAAACUAGACCUUUUAUCCGGCCUCAAACAAAAGGGUGAAAGCCUACUAAAAGAAAAAAUUAAUCAGGUCACUGACAAAGGGGUUUCAAACCAAUUGCACUUGGUUCCCCCUUCCCUCUGGGAAGUAAAAAUACCUCCCGACAAAUUAGCCCAAUUAGGGAUUAAAGAAACGGAAAACGAAACUUCUUUAAUUAAUUCUUUAUUAGAUACUAUUUCCCAACAAGCCACCGAAAUAGAAGUUAAUCAAAAACAACUGCUUAAUUAUCAGGUUCAGCCCGUUGCUUCUUUUUCCGACCGUCCGACUCCUCGCACUCCCCGUUCGCUAAAUACUCCCGCUAUUUCCGAAUUAGAUGAGUUGGUGGAAAUCGUUCACCAGCAAGAAGUAGACUUAGAAAGUAAUGCUACCCAAAUCAUUACUGAAUUACAAACUCAAGCCGAAAGCUUACGCCAGCAAUUACAGGAUUUAACCACCCAAUUAACUCGAAAAGAAAAUGAUUUAAUUCGUGGGGAAAAUCAACGACAAACCCAACUUAAUGAAACCGUUAAAUUACAGGAAAAAGUUAAGAAAUUAAAAACUGAAUUAGAAAGUCGGGAAAAUGAUUUAGUAAGUGCCGAAACUGAAUUAGCUCAAAUUACCGAAGAUUUUGACCAAGCUGAGGAAGAAAAGGAAAAAGUAAAGAAAUAUUAUUUAGAGGCUUUAUUAAAAGAAAGAAAUGCGAAAUUAGAAUUAGAAAAACAACUGGCUUACGAGGGGGAAAGAGCAGAACUACAACGAUUAAUUGAUGAGCAAGAAACUAAGUAUCAAGAAGAGAAAACUGAGCGAGAAGUUGCUUUUCGGAAGCAGAUGGAUAAUAUGAGAUUGUUUCAAUUAACUGCCAUCCGGGAGGUUAAUCAGCCAGCAAUAAGUAGGCAUAAAUAUAACGCUAGCCUGCCAACUAGUCUUUCUAAUUCUCCUCGUCAUUCAGUUUGUUAUGUUGAUGGUGAAGAAAAUUUCAAAAGUCAAGUUAACUCCCCGUCGGGGGAGAGUGGUGCUAAUCCUUUUGAACAAAUCGAAGAAAGGAGAAGUUCGACUUCUUCAAUGGUCACUAAUCAUGAAAAUCUGGAUAAAGUUUUUGGAGAGGUUUUAGAAACUCUGACUGAUUUAGAAACUGAGACUAGCAAUAGUUGUAAUGCCGAUGAACAUAAAAAAUUAGUCGCUGAGUUGAAAGACUGGGAGGAUGAAUUGGGACAAGUAAAAUAUGAAUUACAAGAAGCUCAAGCUCGGGAGCGGAGCAUGAAGCAAGAAUUACAAAGUAAAGAGGAGCAAAUUAUUCUUUUUACUGAACAAUUAAAAAAUUUUCAAGUGGAAUCAGAGGUCGAGAGACAAGGAAAAGCAAGGCAAAUGUUACUUUUACAGACCCAAAAUGAAAACUUACAAAAUGAAUUAGAAGCGGUUAAAAAUGAACGAGCAGCUCAAAAAUCAGCCUUUACUAAUUUAGCGUCGAAUGUAAAAGUAUUGGAGGAAACUAAUCAGCAGUUAAAAAAGGCUAUGGAAAGAUUAAAAAAAACUAAUAAACAGUCCAGAAAAUCCGAUCUAAAAGAAUUGAGAAAUUUACUCCAGCAACCUUCUCAACUGAUUAAAGAAACCAUGGCCGACGAAGAAGAAAUAGACCUUGAAGAAGAGGAUGAAGCAAGUGAAAGUGAAGCCGAGGCAAAUGAAAACGAAGAUGAACUUAGUGACUUAAAAGAAAAAAUAGCUGACUAUGGUUCCAGCAUCGCGACACUUCUGGCAGCGGUCAAGGAACUAAACACACAAAAACAAGCCGCCGAAAAGAAACGGGAUGAACUACAAAAACGGGUUAGCAAACUGGAAAAAAAAGGAACUGAUCAACAAGCCAGAGUUAAGGGCAAAAUAGCCGAGGUUAAAGAAGUUUCGGAACAAUUAGAGGCUCAGAUAGAAUUAGAUUUGGAAAGAUAUGAACAAGAUUUAAAGAAAAUUGGCGAGGGGAUAAAGCAGUUAAAAGCUGGUAAUCGCCAAGCCAUUCAAGCCAAAGACCAAGAAAUCCAGAACUUGAAAGAUAAACUUCUUGCCUGUCAACAAAAAAGAGCUAAUAUUCAGCAAUGGGAAAACAAGGAAGAAAAAAAUGAGAUUGGUGAAAGAUUAAUGACCGCCUUGAUUGGUUGUGCCAGUCAGAAAGAUAAGAUUAUUGAGUACUUGGCUCAACCUUGUUCUUCUUGCGAGUGUAAGUCAAAAACCACAAAAGAUUUAACCACGGUUAGGAACUGA